CCGCCUCUUCAUUUACGAUAUCUCUCUCUGUCUGUCUCGAAUCGAAACCCCGCCUUUUCGUUUUUUUUUCUCUCUCUCUCUCCUCGCUCGAGCCCUAGUUUUCUCUCUCUUAGGGUUUGCUCUCUUCGGAUUUUCUCGCACUUUCUCGCGUCUUCGUUUCUCUCGCUCGUAUUCAUUCUCCGGCGCGUGGUUCUUUGGGGGGGGGAAAAAAAAAGCAGGGAUCUCGGUGUGCGAUGGAGUAUGGCGGUGGUCGUAAAAGAUUUAGGCCCGAAGCUGCUUUGAAUGGCAAUGGCGGCUUCAAGAAAUCUAAGCCAGAAAUGGAGUCCUUUCCAACUGGUAUAGGAAGCAAAUCGAAGCCUUGCACAAAGUUUUUCAGCACUUCUGGGUGCCCAUUUGGUGAGGCGUGUCACUUCUUGCACUAUGUUCCUGGUGGCAUCAAAGUUGUGUCUCAGAUGAUGAAUGUUGCUGGCAACCCAACUCUUCCACAACCUGCUAGAAAUUCGGCUGCUCCACCAUCAUUUCCAGAUGGUUCAUCUCCUCCAGCUGUCAAGACCCGUUUGUGCAACAAGUUUAAGUCAGCCGAAGGAUGCAAGUUUGGAGAUAAAUGCCAUUUUGCUCAUGGUGAGUGGGAACUUGGCAAGCCAACUGCUCCAUCCUAUGAAGAUCCUCGGGCAAUGGGACCUAUGCCAGGCAGGAUGGGUGGCCGGGUUGAAUCUCACCCAUCCAAUCAUCAUCAAUCCAGUCAUCGGGCUAUGGCUAGCUUCGGAACCUCCGCCACUGCUAAGAUACUUGUAGAUGCUUCACUUACUGGAGCCAUCAUUGGGAAGAAUGGUGUGAACUCAAAGCAUAUUUGCCGUGUGACAGGAGCAAAGCUUUCCAUAAAAGAGCAUGAUUCAGAUCCCACCAGGAGGAACAUUGAGCUUGAGGGUACUCUCGAUCAGAUCGAUCAAGCCAGUGCCAUGGUACAAGAGCUCAUUGCAAAUGUUCGUGCAACCUCUGGACCUCCCAUGAGGAACCAUGCGACGACGGCCUCGGCUCCGGCAAACAACUUCAAGACCAAGCUCUGUGAGAAUUUCACUAAAGGGUCCUGCACUUUUGGAGAGAGGUGCCACUUUGCACAUGGAGUUGAGGAAUUGCGCAAGACAGGGAUGUGACUCCCAUUUCUUUGACGACCUCUCAUCUUUGUUUCCUUGCUAUCGUCGUUAGGACGAACACUUGUAAUAGAUUUUGUUUUGUUUUGUUUCGUUUCAUGUUCUAUUUUUUGUUUCUGAUUUGCUAGGUUUAUGAUAUUUUGGAAUAUUAUUAUAUUGACAGAUUUACUCCUCUCGUGGUUAACAUGACCGGAAUCUUGGUGUAGUGUUUUUAAUUUCCCAUCGUCUGUAACAUGUAUAAGAAGCCUCAAGCUCCAAUCACAGACACCUGGCUUGUUUGCAGGUAGUAUUCAGCCACAA